UCGCAUCGUUCCCCACUCAGGCUUUGUGAGCAGCCGGAGAGAACACAGGCAACCGACCGCACUUGCGCCAAUGGCAGCUGACACGGCCACCGCCCCGCUCCUGACGAGCCACAAGGCCGGCAAGCCGGCGGGGAAUAAGAAGAAUAAGGCGCCGUCCAUCGAUGACACCAUCGAGACGUACAUGGGCGCCACGGGCGCCGCGCAGCUCCUCAAGGCCGUGCUGCUGGCCUUCGCGUGGGCAUUCGACGCGCAGCAGGUGUUCAUCUCGGUCUUCACGGACGCCGAGCCGGGGUGGCACUGCACGGGCGCCGAGGGCGCGUCCUGCGCGGCCUCUCCGUGCGCGCUCCCGGCCGGCGCGUGGGCGUGGGACCGGCCGGCAUCGGCGUCCGUGGUGUCCGAGUGGUCGCUCAAGUGCGCCGGCGGCCCGGCGCUCGUGUCCCUCCCGGCGUCCUCCUUCUUCGCGGGCUGCCUCGCGGGAGGCUUCCUGCUGACCACGCUCGCCGACUCGCUCCUGGGCCGCAGGCGGAUGCUGCUGGCGUCCAUCGUGUCCAUGUCCGUGGCCGGCGUGCUCACGGCGUUCUCGCCCAACGUGUGGGUGUACGCGGCGCUGCGGUUCGUGUCCGGGUUCGGCAGGUCCAUGGUGGGCACCUGCACGCUGGUGCUCUCCACGGAGCUCGUGGGGAAACGGUGGCGUGACACGGUGUGCGUGGCCGGGUUCUUCUGCUUCACCAUCGGGUUCCUGUCGCUCCCGGCGCUGGCCUACGCGUUCCAGGAGGCCUCGUGGCGGAACAUGUACCUGUGGACGUCCCUGCCGGCGCUCUGCUACUCCAUCCUCUUCUACUUCCUCGUCCAGGAGUCCCCGCGGUGGCUGCUGGUGCGCGGCCGGAAGCAGGACGCCAUCGAGACGCUGCGGCAGAUCGCGGCGCUCAACGGCAACAGCGCCAUCACGUCCAGCUUCUCCAUGCUGCACGCCUGCGUCAUGCACCAGGAGGAGGACGCGGCCGCCGCAAGCGACAGCAGCAGCAGCAGCAGCAGCGUGUUCGCGGCGCUGCACUCGAUGUGGGAGCGGCCGUGGGCGCUGCGGAGGCUGGCGGCGAUCAUGACGGCCAGCUUCGGCAUCGGCAUGGUCUACUACGGCAUGCCGCUCAACGUGGGCAACCUGGGAGGCUCCAACCUGUACCUGAGCGUCACGUACAACGCGCUGGCAGAGCUCCCCUCCUCCAUCCUGUCCUGGCUCCUCAUGGGCAGGAUCAACCGCAGGAGCUCGGUGAUCGCGCUCACGGCGCUGGCGGGGGUGUCGAGCCUGGCGUGCCUCGUGAUCCCGGGGCAGGGGCUGCGGAUGGGCGCCGAGCUGCUCUCCUUCUUCGCGACGUGCACUGCGUUCAACGUCGUGAUGAUGUACUCCAUCGAGCUGUUCCCGACGUCCGUGCGGAACUCGGCGGUGGGGAUGGUGCGGCAGGCGCUCGUGCUGGGCGGCGUGGCGGCGCCGGUGCUCGUCGCGCUGGGCCGACAGAGGAGCUUCCUGUCAUUCGGGGUCUUCGGGCUCGUCAUCGGCUGCUUCGGCAUGUUCGCCGCCUGCCUGCCGGAGACCAGGGGGAAGGGCAUGUCCGACACCAUGGAGGAGGAGGAGCAGAAGGAGGCGGCCGUCGUCGAUGCUGAUGCUGAUGCUGCCAGUGACAUGGAUGAUAGUAAUGGCGACCUUGUGUAAUUAAACCGCGUCGUUGAUGUACAAAAUGUACCGUCAAGGUGCAGCACAUAAUAUACUUGAUCAACAAGUAAACAUUGGUACUCCUUUGCUAAAAAA